GCGGGAAUGCAUUUAACAGGGCCACUGCCAGCGACAAAGAAGGGAUACCAGUACAUACUGACAGCCCCGGAUUAUGUUACAAGAUGGGUGGAAGCAUUUCCACUUCGAACUAAGUCAGCCUAUGAGGUAGUAAAGAAAAUACACAAGAUAAUUAUGCAGCAUGGAUAUGUACAGCAGAUACUGACAGAUCGCGGUCCUGAAUUCAAUAAUGAGUAUAAUCUGGAAAUAUGCAAAAAGUGGGGAAUAGAACGUAUCUUCACCAGCCCAGGCCACCCACUAACCAACGGAUUUGCUCACAGCACUACCAAAUCCAUCAAAAGAGCAUUGCAGAAGUUGGUUGAUGACACUGGGAGUAACUGGGAUGAAUUUCUUGGUGACAUUUUAUUUUCUUUGCAAUCUCAAGUGAACAUGACCACCGAAAUGUCACCCUUUCGACUGCUGUAUGGCUUUGAAGCAAGAUUUCCAGACCAAGUCUCAGAGAAUUAUACGCUACCAAAUUUCGAGGAACACGGUGAACAAUUCUACAAAGAGUACGGCAUACAUUUGAAAAUGAGAAAGGAUGCUGACGUUGCACUCGCUCUUAGUAAUAUUGCUAAAGCAGCAGAAAAAAGCAACACCAAACGGUCCAGUGUGCCCUGCCCUCCAGAGGAAAUCAAUGAGAUUUCUGACUAAAUGAGAAGAAAAAGUACAGCUGCCCAAAAUGUGCAUAGUUCAGUUGUUUAUAAAAGAUGUACAUUGUGCAAUUGUUUUGUAAAGAGAAAUAUUUUGGUUUUCUUGGAAUAACAGCUGGAAUAUAAAGGAGUAAUC